CUUGCAGCAAAUGAUCGCUUAAGAAAUACGCGGAGCGCGACCUGUGACCGACGUAUGAUAACUUGUUUUUUUUUAUCACAACUUUUAUCGUGUUAUAUAAUUUGUCGUUUGCUAUUUCUCACUUGCAAUAGCUACAUUUAAUUCCAGAUUAAAGUUUGAAAAUCAUUCCCACUAUGGAAAAGUACAUUAGCGUCAAAGACUUGGAAAAUGCUGCUUUGUCGAUGUUAUCGAAAUCUACUGGAGACUAUUAUAAAAGUGGAGCAACAGAUGAGCAAAGUCUGGCUGAAAAUAGAGAUGCUUUUAUGAGAUUACGAAUACUGCCAAAGUGUUUAGUUGGUGUUGGGAAUACGUGCUUACAUACUACAGUGCUCGGCCAUAAAGUGUCCAUGCCAAUCGGCAUAUCGCCAACUGCUAUGCAGCGUAUGGCUCAUCCUGAUGGCGAACUGGCUAAUGUAAGAGCUGCGCAAGCAGAGGGUACAAUAUACACGUUAAGUACCAUCGCAACAAGUUCCAUCGAAGAAGUAUCGGAGGCGGCCCCUGACGCCAUCAAGUGGUUCCAACUCUACAUUUAUAAUGAUAGAGACGUUACCAAAAAUUUAGUUGUACGCGCCGAGAAAGCAGGAUUUAAAGCAAUAGCUCUAACAAUGGACACUCCGUUAUUCGGAGUACGUAGAGCCGACAUUCGUAAUAAUUUUACAUUGCCUCCCCAUUUAAGAUUAGCAAAUUUCGAUGGACACUUGUCUACUAAAAUUCAGAAUGCGGAGGGCGGCGGAAGCGGCCUAAGUAAAUACGUCGAAAAUUUAUUUGACAAAAAUUUAAAAUGGGAUGAUAUUAAAUGGCUUAAAAGUAUCACAAAUCUCCCAAUAGUAGCAAAAGGAAUAAUGCGAGCCGAUGAUGCAAUCAAGGCGGUGGAAGCGGGCUGCUGCGGCAUUCUGGUGUCCAAUCACGGCGCGCGGCAGCUCGACGGGGUCCCGGCUACUAUUGAAGUGCUGCCUGAGAUAAUAGAAGCUGUGAAGAGUUACGACGUCGAAGUUUAUUUGGAUGGUGGCGUUACUACUGGUACUGACGUAUACAAGGCUUUAGCUCUCGGGGCACGAAUGGUGUUCGUGGGGCGCCCGGCGCUGUGGGGACUGACUGUAGGCGGUCAGGCUGGAGUUCAAAAAAUGCUGCAAAUACUAAGAACUGAACUCCAAUUCGCAGUACAAAUUGCAGGCACGCCAACCAUUAGUGAUAUAACGAAGGACAUGGUGUGUCAUCACUCCGUGUACAGUAAACUGUAACAGACGUUAAGCGAAGACAAAGCUAAUAACUGUAUAUGUAUAGAUAAGGAAGGGUACGGAAUAAAGACAACAGACUAAAAAAUGUGUAUGACCCUCACAGACAAAUAUAAUGUUGUAGAGUCUGUUCGGAAAGAGAAGAGUCGUGGAAUGUAUGAGGCCCAAUACAUUCCACGACUCUUCUCUAUCCGAACAGACUCUAAAAUCAAUUAUUUAUUAAAUAUUUAUACUUCAGCAUA